GGUGCCUUUUCCUGUCACUACAAACCCGGACGGCUGGCUCUCUCCUGCUGCUGCUGCGCCAGUGUGUGUGUGUGUGUGUGUGUGUGAGAGAGAGAGAGAGUGUGUGAGUGUGUGUGAGUGAGUGUGUGUGUGUGUGUUAUGAGUGUGUGAGUGUGUGCCGGUGUGUUAGAGCGCGGGGAGCGCGCGCGGCAGCGACAUGACCAGAGGCUCGCGAGCGCGUCCGGUCAAUCAUGGAGCUUUUUAAGGCGCUGUUUUGGAUUUUACUGCUGAAGCGAGUUAAAGAGUGUGUGUCUGAGGAAGUGGUGUUGCUGAAUUCGAAAGAAUCCCAGGCAGAACUGGGCUGGACGUCUUAUCCUGCAAAUGGAUGGGAGGAGAUCAGCGGCGUGGACGAGAAGUACAAGCCGAUCCGCACGUACCAGGUGUGUAACGUGAUGGAGCCGAACCAGAACAACUGGCUGAGGACGGGGUGGAUCGGGCGGCGUGGAGGUCAGCGCAUCUUUGUGGAGCUGCAGUUCACGCUGCGUGACUGUAACAGCAUUCCGGGCGUAGCGGGAAGCUGCAAGGAGACGUUCAACCUGCUGUACGCAGAGUCGGACCGGGCGCUGGGGGGCCACGACGAUGACGAGGCGCGCUACAGUAAAGUGGACACCAUCGCCGCUGAUGAGAGCUUCACGCAGGGCGACCUGGGCGAGAGGAAGAUGAAGCUGAACACGGAGGUGCGUGAGAUCGGACCGCUGACGCGCCGCGGUUUUCACCUGGCCUUCCAGGACGUGGGCGCAUGCGUGGCCAUCGUCUCCGUGCGCGUGUAUUACAAACGCUGCCGCGCCGCCGUGCAGAACCUCGCCAUCUUCCCCGACACGGUGGCUGAGGCUGCGUUCGCCACGCUGGUGGAGGUCCGGGGCGUCUGCGUCAACAACUCCGAGCCAGAAGCCACCGACUCGCCUCCCAGGAUGCACUGCAGCGCUGAGGGGGAGUGGCUUGUGCCCAUCGGGAGGUGCAGCUGCAGCGCCGGCUACGAGGAGGGACACAGCAGCUGUGAAGCAUGUCCACCAGGCACCUAUAAGAUGUCGUCCCAGCAGCAGGAGUGUUUACCGUGUCCUGCUCACAGUCUGGCCGAGGACGAUGGCUCCGUUGUGUGUGUGUGCGAAGAGGGCCACUUUCGGACACUGCUGGACUCCCCGUCUGCUCCGUGCACACGACCGCCCUCUCCUCCACGAGACUUGCUCUACACCCUCAAACAGUCCACUCUCAUCCUGGAAUGGGCCGCUCCGGCGGACACGGGCGGUCGUGGUGACGUGAGCUACAGCGUGGCGUGUCAGCGCUGCGUCUCUGGCCCACGGGAACACUGCGAGCCGUGCGGCGCUAACGUAGGCUUCGUGCCUCAGCAGAGCGGCCUGAGCGGGCGUACGGUCACCGUGCUCAACCUGCUGCCCAACGCCAACUACACCUUCAGCGUGGAGGCCAGGAACGGCGUCUCCGAGCUGCUGCCCAACAAACACUUCUACGCCCAGGUCAACAUCUCCACCAGCCUGCCAGCUUCCUCGCAGGUGAGCGAGUUGCGGGUGGAGAAGAUCGAGCAGCGCAGCGUGACUCUGGCCUGGAGAGAGUCAGCCAACCCCAACAACAGCCGAACAGAAUACGAGAUCAAAUACUACGAGAAGGAGCAGAAAGAUCAGAGUUACUCCACCGUGAAAACCGCAGCCACCAAAAUCAACGUGAACAACCUGAAACCGGGCACCACCUACGUCUUCCUCAUCCGCACGUGUUCCAGCCCCGCCCCUUCCUCUCUUUCCUCCUCCCCCUCUUCCUCCUCUUCCUCAUCACUCCUCUCAUCCUCUUCACCAUCAUCAUCAUCAUCAGCGUCAUCCUCCUCCUCCGUGCCCGCAGUUCCUCCCUCUCCACCUCCGCUGGACUACGGGGCCUUCAGCACGCCGCUCGAGCUGCAGACGCUCGGAGAGUUGGCCCUGGCAUCGAGUGAGCAGAGUCCGGUGGUGAUCCUGGUGGUGGUGUCAGUAGCAGCUCUCAUCAUGCUGCUGUCACUCGGUGUGGGUCUGCUCAUCUGGAGGAGACAGUGUGGCUACAGUAAAGCCAACCAGGAGGGAGACGAGGAGCUUUACUUCCAGUUCAAGAUCCCGACCCGGAGGACGUACAUCGACCCGGAGACGUGCGAAGACCUGCUGCAGGCUGCUCACACCUUCGCCAAAGAGCUCGACAACUCCAGCGUCAAGAUCGACAGGAUCGUUCACACGGGCGAUUUUGGUGAGGUGUGCCGCGGCUGCCUGAAGCUGCCCAGUAAGCGCGAGCUGCCGGUGGCCAUCAAGACGCUGCGGAGCGGCUGCUCGGAGAAACAGCGGCGCUCGUUCCUGUGUGAGGCGGCGAUCCUGGGCCAGUUCGACCAUGCCAACAUCAUCCGCCUCGAGGGGGUCAUCACCAGAGGUAACACCAUGAUGAUUGUGAUGGAGUGUAUGGCCAAUGGUGCCCUGGAUUCUUUUCUACGGAAACAUGAAGGUCAGCUCAGCGUGCUCCAGCUGGUGGACUUGCUGAGCGCUGUGGCCUCGGGGAUGAAGUACCUGACUGAGAUGGGCUUCAUCCACCGGCGUCUCGCAGCCCACAAAGUGCUGAUCAACAGCAGCCUGGCGUGUAAAGUGUCCGGCUUCAGACCCUUACAGGAGGACAAGAUGGAGGCCGUUUACACCACACUGCAUGGUGGGAAGAGUGUGGUGUUGUGGACGGCCCCUGAGGCGAUCCAGUAUCACAGAUACAGCUCCGCCUCCGACGUCUGGAGCUUCGGCAUCGUCAUGUGGGAGGUGAUGUCGUUCGGCGAAAGGCCUUACUGGGACAUGGGCAGCCAAGACGUGAUCAAAGCGAUCGAGGACGGUUUCCGGUUGCCAGCUCCUCUGAACUGUCCCACGUCUCUGCACCAGUUGAUGUUGGACUGCUGGCAGAAGGACAGGACGGAGAGGCCGAGCUUCACUCAGAUCCACAGCGCUCUCAGCAAAACCAUGCGCAGCCCAGACAACAUCGGCUCGUCCACAUUAACACACAGGACACUAGCCUCGUCCUCCAUCUCCCUGGCCGAGAGGACGCUGGCCGAGAGGACGCUGGCCGAGAGAACCCUGGCGGAGAGAACCCUGGCCGAGAGAACCCUGGCCGAGAGAACCCUGGCCGAGAGGACGCUGGCCGAGAGGACGCUGGCCGAGAGGACGCUGGCGGAGAGGACCCUGGCGGAGAGAACCCUGGCCGAGAGGACGCUGGCGGAGAGAACCCUUCCAUCAUUCCCCUCAUUCAGUUCUGUAGGCGAGUGGCUCGAGGCUGUGGAUAUGGGUCGCUACAAAGACAACUUCACUGCCGCAGGGUACUGCUACCUGGAGUCCGUCGCCCGCAUGAACGUCCAAGACGUCCUCAGUCUAGGUAUCACCUCUCUGGAGCAUCAGAAGCAGCUGCUGUCGGCUAUUCAGACUCUCAGAGCACAAGUCAUCCAGAUGCAUGGCCGUGGAGUGCAGGUUUAACACACACACACACACACACACACACACACACAAACACACAGUCCAGAGACACCAGUGGACCCUCCGUCCCCAGCAGGACGUCCACCAGUAAACGAGGAGGAAGGAACACAGGAUGGUCAUGUGACCUAAAACGCCACCAUGAUGACGCCACUCUUCCUUUCUUUCAUGGAACGUUCAUCCUUCACAGUUCUGUUCAGAGACGGUGGUUCUGUCCCCCGCAGACUAACGGAAUGGUUUGGUCCGUUCUCAUCCCAAACUGAUGUCAGAUACACGCAAUUCCACUGACCUGGGAACAGCAGCGUAACGUAACGCUCACUCUGUUUCACUUCAGGUCCUUCUGACUCUUUACUGACCUGAGAACAGCAUCAUGUGCUAACGCUAACGCUAACACUAACGUAGCCACUGCUCUUCCUCUACAGCGGAGAAGCUCGUAAUCUUCAGGAAUAAAAAAAAAAUCAGACAAAUGAGAAAAUGAGACGAUCUAAAAUCCUGAAUCGCGUUUUCUCAUGUUCUGUGCGUGAACUUUAUUUGUGUCCUUCCACCUCCCGCUUCCUCUCCAUCUUAAUCCUAAUUUCUUUGCUAUUGUGUUAUUUUCUAUUAUUAUUAUUAUUAUUAUUAUUAUUAUUAUUAUUAAUUAAUUAAUAAUAAUAAUAAUAAUAAUUUCUGUAUCCUCACUUUAAGAGAUGUUUGCACUGUAAAAUUAAUCAUCGACUCCCAUAUGGUGCAAUUCGUAUUUAUUAUUUAAUGUUUAUUUAUUUAUGUAUUUAUUUAUGUAUUUAUGUAUUUAUUUAUUUAUUUAUUUAUUUAUGUAUUUAUUUAUGUUGCUGAAGCUUUUUUUUUUUCAGGACGUUUCUGAGAAGGACACGAGGAUGUGAUAUGGCGUAAUGUUACAAGUCUUUUUGAUUAUUUGAUCCUCAGUAGUUGUUUGCAUCAGGAAUGUAUAAUAUGUUUAUGUUAAUAAUUUGUUUAUGUAUAUGCAGAUACAGUUACAUAUUAGAGCCCUAGACAGGCGAGUGUUCACUACUACUAAAGCCCUCUUCCAAAAGUAAGUGCCCCCAGAAACUUAUUGGUUUUAAAGCUUAUAUUCUUUCGGAUUCUUUUUGUUUUUCUAAUUAUAACAUUAAAUCUGGCUCCUGUGUUACUUUUUUACCAUCUUAUUGCUAAAGUAAAUUUUGUCAGAUAAUUAAUUUAAUCCAGCGAGCUAACAUUUAGAUAAAUAUUUGCAGAGAAAAUUAGCCAGCUUACUACCUAGCUAGUUUACUUAGCUAAUACUUUUUUGAGUAACUUAAUGUUAGCGUUAGUUAUUUUUCACGCAGUUACGCACAUGGAGUCUCAGUAAGACCUCGGCAUCUUUGUUCUUCAGUCGAAAUAUUUCGGGGGUAAAAAAAAAAAAAAAGGUGCACAUUUUACGUCAUGGAGAGGAAUCACGAGUAUGACGCUGUCUGUGUCUCUAAUAUGAAUAUUUACGUAUAAGAAAGCACUUAAAUUAUAAUUGUAACGUGCUACCAUUAUAAAAUUUUGACUUUUUGCCAUGUACGUGAGAAACGGUUUAAAGCCGACAGUGUGAGCAGUUGAUUUAGAAUCCAGCGCCGCUUUAACGCUGUUCUUCUGUACGUGUCCUUGUUCGUUCUGCUUCAGUAAAAGCUGGAACGUGUGGUUUAUGAUGCGUACAAUAAGAGCUUUCACUGUCCACACUCUCUCACACACACACACACACACACACACACACACACACUUACUGAAUGUUCGCGGUUCCUCUGUGUGUGUGUGCGUUUCAUUUCCCAUCAUGCUCUCUGUUUGAUACUGUAAAUAUGUACCUGAAAAUGCAAUCUAUUUUUAUAAUUUGUUUUGGAGAGACGACGUGUUGAAUAUGAUAAUCUUCUCACUGUGUUCAGUUGUUUGGAUUAGUAACGUAGCUCGCAGCCUCGGUUCUUUGGAAUAAUCAGUGAUAGAUUUCUUUUCUUUAGAGCAACUUUUUUUCUUCUUGAUUUUUACCUGUUAGACAAACGGAUGAUGGAUGUUGGAAUAUUGAAAUGUGUUAUUAAAAAAAAUACAACACACACACACACACACCUUUUGGGCUUGUUUUGUCUUCUUUGCUCAAAUUUUGCUUG